CCUCCGCCUCACUGCGAGACAGGAAGUUGGGAUGAAAACAAGAGCGGAAACUGAUGUUAGCUUAAAAAAAUGGACUAAAUUUAAAAGUAUCGUCACUGUGUGUUUUUAAGGAGCCUGUAGAUGAUGUCUAACACGCCGAGGAGCGGAGACAUCAUCCACCUGAAUGUCGGGGGAAAGAGGUUCAGCACCUCCCGACAGACGCUGACGUGGGUCCCUGACUCCUUUUUCUCAAGUCUUCUGAGCGGGAGGAUCUCGACUCUGAAGGAUGAAACUGGAGCUAUCUUCAUCGACAGGGACCCCUCUCUGUUUGCCACCAUCCUCAACUUCCUGCGGACCAAAGAGCUGUACCCCCGCUCCAUCAACGUGCACAUGCUCAUACACGAGGCCGAGUUCUACGGCAUCACGCCGCUGGUGCGUAAGCUGCAGCUGUGUGAUGAACUGGAUCGAUCGUCCUGUGGAAACGUGCUGUUUAACGGCUACCUGCCUCCACCAGUGUAUCCAGCGAAGCGCCGUAACCGUCACAGCGUGGCGGGGUCACAGUUCAUGGCGGGCCGAGUCGCACCGGCAGAGAGAGCGCCGGUCAGACGCAGCAACACGAUGCCCCCCAACCUGGGAAACUCUGGGAUACUGGGCAGAGCGAGCACCGAGGAGAGGACGCCUGGAGGUCAGUUAUCAGACACUGGCAUGGUUCGGAUCAUCUGUGGUCAUCACAACUGGAUCGCUGUGGCCUACGCACAGUUUGUCGUCUGCUACAGGGUGAAGGAGUCCACCGGGUGGCAGCAAGUCUUCACCUCUCCCCGUUUGGACUGGGUGAUCGACAGAGUGGCGCUCAACGCCAAGGUGAUGGCCGGCUCGCUGGGAGACAACGACAAGAUGGUGGCUGUUGCCUCGGGGACGGAGAUCAUCCUGUGGGCCAUCUGCCCGGACGGCAACGGGAACGAAAUCGGCGUCUUCAGCCUGAACGUGCCGGUGGAGGCCCUCUUCUUCGUUGGUAAUCAGCUGAUCGCCACCAGCCACACGGGGAAGGUCGGGGUUUGGAACGCUGUCACCAAACACUGGCAGAAUCAGGACGUUGUUCCCAUCAGCAGCUACGACACCGCCGGCUCCUUCCUCAUCCUGGGCUGCAACAACGGCUCCAUCUACUACAUAGAUGUGCAGAAGUUUCCUCUCAGGAUGAAGGAUAACGACCUGCUGGUGACGGAGCUGUACAGAGACCCGACAGAAGACGCCAUCACUGCCCUCAGUGUCUACCUCACGCCCAAAACUAGUGACAGCGGGAACUGGAUCGAGAUCGCAUACGGGACCAGCUCCGGGACGGUUCGAGUCAUCGUUCAGCAUCCAGAGACAGUCGGCUCAGGGCCGCAGCUCUUCCAGACCUUCUCUGUCCACCGCAGCCCCGUCACCAAGAUCAUGCUCUCUGAGAAGCACCUCAUCUCAGUUUGUGCCGACAACAACCACGUACGGACGUGGACGGUGACUCGCUUCAGAGGGAUGAUCUCCACCCAGCCAGGAUCAACGCCGCUCACCUCCUUCAAGAUCCUCAGCCUGGACGACGUGGACGGACACGGAGGCUGCAGCGCCGGGACAGAGAUAGGUCCGUAUGGAGAGAGAGACGACCAGCAGGUGUUCAUCCAGAGAGUCGUACCGGACACCGAUAAACUCUACGUCAGGCUGUCGUCCAAUGGGAAGAGAGUGUGUGAGGUGCGUUCGGUGGACAGCACCUCCAUCACAGCCUUCAUGGUCCACGAGUGCGAGGGCUCGAGUCGCAUCGGCUCUCGGCCCCGUCGCUACCUGUUCAGCGGCCACGGCAACGGCAGCAUCCAGAUGUGGGACCUGACCACCGCCAUGGAGAUCGCCGGCAAGGUCGACAUCAGAGCGCUGGGCGGGCCAACAGAGGAGGAGCUGCUGGAGCUGUUGGACCAGUGUGACCUGGCUCUGACCAGAACGCCUGACAGCACGCCGAGAGCCUCCACCUGCAGCCUCCACUCUCAGCUCAGUGACGUCCUCAGGGCGGAGCGGCUGCACUCUGCAGGAGGAGGACGAGGAGCUGGAGCUUCGGGUUCGUCAGCUUCACUUUGUGGCAGCCUCCCCCGGCAGCCUCCGCCCCCCGUGCCCCUCACCAAACCUAUCCGUGACCCCGCCCACUCCGGGCCGCAGAGCCUCGCCAUCCCGGCCUACUCCCACAACUCCACCUCCAACCAUAACGCCAGCCCGCGGCCCUCCAGACACCAGGACCGGGACAGGGAGUGGGGGUCUGUGCGCAGGGGGAGCUUUGUGGAGCGCUGCCAGGAGCGCGCCAAAGGUUCAGAGGCGGCGGCGGGCUCUGGGUUCGGGGUUCCAGCAGGGCCAGAGAGCACCAGGCGGAGCUUAGCGGUGUGCACCGAGUUAGAGGCCAGAUUCGGCCACAGGACCCCCACCACCUUCUCUGUGUCGCCUGGUUCACGCCACUCCCCAGGAACGCCUUCAUCCCUGUCAUCACCAUCGUCAUCUUCGUCACACCACAGGGCCACGCCCACUCCCCCAACAAGCCCUGCCCCCGCAGCUGUGAGCCCAACUCGUUCUCAGGCGCCUGCUUCACCCCGCCGAGGCGCUGCUAUGUCUCCUGCUGAAGUCCCAGUGUCCCCUGAGAGCCCGGCGAGUCCGGAGAGCCCCGCUGCCGCCGCCGCCGGCCCGCCCACCAGCCCCAAACCACACAUGAACGAGACCAGCUUCUGAUUGGCUGUUCAGACCAAGACUCUGCAGACACAUGAAGGAGAGCAGCUUCUGAUUGGCUGUUCAGACUGAGACUCUGCAGACGGUCAGAUGGAACCAACAGAACGUUUGAUUGUCUGUCGUCACACUGAGACAUGAAUGUCUGAACAGUUUGUGGCAGGUUUGUGACGUCUUCAGUAGCCAAUCAGCUGCCACACAGAGCUCUGUUGCCAUAGUUACCACAUGUUGGUUAGCUGUUUCCUGACUUCAGGAUCAGGACAAAUUAACUAACUAACUUAAGGAGGGAAAAUGGUUCAUAAACAGCAGAAAAACAAAUCAAAGUUCCUACAUGAUCAAUAAAUCAAUCGACUGUAUCGUGAACAGACUCACUCACAGACCUUCAGUCGACCCAACAGCACAAACACAGUUUACAGUGAUGGCGACGGCAGAUUUACCAUAAAUAUUAGGUCAUUUUUUAAAUACUGGAUCAGAAGUUAACACCGUAUUUUAUCAGCUGUAGCCGGCGAACGUAAUCUAAUGUCGUGUGUUAAUGCAGGCGUCCUGCGUCUCUGAUAGGGAUGGGUAUUUUAAAAAAUGUCCAUGUUCGAGGACUCGCAAGAACAAACUCUACUAUCAGAAUCAGAAGCAGGUUUUCACUUACAAAGAAUUUGGGUUUUUUUGUAGCAUAAAUAAACCUGUGAAGAGCAAGUAAAAAUAAGGCGAAGUACUGAUAGAAAAGUUAUAAUAAAGACAUGAUAAAGAUACUUUAAGAAGUACUACAGCAACCACUGUGAAGUGCUGUAAAGUUUAGUUGAUUCAAAACACCUAAAACACACAUUAAACACACAUUAAACACACAUUAAACACGGAUUAAACGCACAUUAAACACACAUUAAACAUGUCUUAAUAGAGACAGUUUCAAACACAAGAACACAAAUCAGCUUCACUAUAACUCGCAGCAUUCACAGACAAACACUUGUCUUUAUCUGGACACAUUUUCCCCACAAAUACAACAUGCUAACGUUAUUAGCACAAGCCUAUGGCAUUUUACAUUGUAUAAAUUAGCCUAGCAGCUAGCAGACUUUUCCUCUUCUCCAGGGACAACAGCAACAUGUAACAAAGGUAACGGAACAUAAUUCAGCUCCAUUACAACUCACAAGGUUCACUGACAAAACAUCUGUCUUAUACUAAACACGUUUUCCAAACAAAUACAACAUGCUAACGUUAUUAGCACAAGCCUAUGGCAUUUUACAUUGUAUAAAUUAGCCUAGCGACCAGGGGAGAUUUCCUCUGCUCAUAUGGUCUGCGGUCUUCCUGUUUCCCUUUUUAAAUGAUGAUUACAGACUACCGCUGCCUGCUCGUGUGUAGAGUUAUCUCCUCUCACUCAGGUGCAGAACGUACGUACUGAUUGGCCGACAGUGAGGCGAUGCAGAUGGUUUUGAGGGCACAAUCCACAUAUGAAAAACAGCCACUCUUCAUAGUACUAUCCCCGCUGACAAAACAGCAACAGGUUGCUAAAAACAAUCUGUUAUGUAGUUGAUUGGUCUCUUACAGUGAGCUGCAGCUCGGCAGGUGUCUCACCAGGUGUCACGCUCCAUCUGUUUAGUAUUAUUAGCAUUGCAAGAAUUCCUCCUCUUGAGUAUUUCAGCUCUUUGGUAGCAUUAUUUUGAGUCAAGCAGAAGAAGGUCUAAUUAUUUUUUCCACCGCUGCCAAAGUGUAAACAGGACAGUCUAACUACAGAGCGUUAGCUUUAGCAUUAGCUUGCAGUAGCUAGCUACAGCUGCUAGAAUACUUCUUCAUUUCAGUCGACAGAACAUUUUAUAUUUUAAGGCAAAUCUGCUGUUUUUGGAUUUAUAAACUGUGAGUGCAGAAAAAUUGAUUGUGAGUGUCUGCGUGGCCAAAGUGACGUCACAGCAUCAGGUUCGGCCCUUAACAAGCGCACGGCGGGUAUUUAUCUGUAGAUUUUCUACACCGAACACCGUGCACACACUGCCCCCUACAGUUUGGGAGAAUGUGAGAAGAAACUGUCUCGGUGUAUAAAAGAUCCAAACUUUAUCAUCAUGCUCACGUCCCUGCGGAGAGCAUAACUAACGCCUGAGGUGGAGACCAAACCGGAGCUCAAAGGACAGGACGUAUUGGACUCCAACUUUAUCUUUGUUGCUGCAGCUUUUUUAUAACCAACAGAGCAAAAAACAAAGUUUGAGUUUAUGUUUUUUCCUGUCGGGACCUUUUUGUAUCUGAAGAGUCUGUUAAAAAACAAAAGUUUGUACAGAAACUUUAUUUUUGUAAUUUUUAUGAUUGAAAUCCGACAGUGAUCUUUUUUUCAGAAGGGUUUCUUUUCUCUCUUUGAGUCCUGACUGUAAACUGUCUUCAGUCCGUUCAUUUCUUCACAGAGCCGAGCCUGAAUGCCUCACGGCCAAUCAGGUUUCAGCUCUGUCUGCUUUUGUUCUUUAAUUUUCUGUCAGUGCCGCCAAAUUCACAUCAGACACACGACAGAAGCAAAACAAACCCUUCUGUCACACUUUAUUUUAUGGCUCCAUAUUUUUCAAAUAAUCUCCUGUAAAGAACUUUUUAUGUUUUAUGGAACAAAUGAAAGAAAAAUAUUCUUUAAAACUCUAAAAUUUUAGACACGUUGAAUUGUACGUUUCACAUUUGUGCAUGUUCAGUUACUUGAAGACUCUACGCCUGCAGCUGACAGACAUUGAUUUAGUAGAAUUAAAGUAGUUUUUGCUUCUUUAUUCUUCGACUUAAUUUAUCUGAUAGCUUCAGAUACUUUGCAGAUUAUUAACACAAAAUAUAUCAACUAAUAAAUGAUUUAUUACCAUAGAUCGAAUUCAGGACUUUUACCUGCAGCAGAGUAUUUUUACGUUACUUUUAAAUGAGCUAAUACAUCCAUCAGUUUUCAUCCUCCUCCACGUCCAGCUUGUAUUAAUUUAGUUAGUUAUAUAAUUAGGGAUUAUAUACAGCUGUAAACAGAAAACAUUAUAAAUAAAACUGCAGGUUUUCCAUCAAACUUUGUGUUGUGUGUUAAAAAGGUUCCACAUUGAAACGUUCCUUCCAGGAAACGUAAUAAUUUUGAAAUUAUUGAGUCGUAUGGAUCCAUAGAAUAAAGUGUUUCCAGCUCUGACUGUUACAGAAAGAUGUUUUUUGUCUUUAAUGUGAUUUAUUUCCUGUUGAAACAGUCGUCCACCAUCCAAACCUCCAUCACUGCUGUUUCCUCCUGUUGUGUUCUUGUAUUAUUCGUCAGUGUUUCUUUAUUCUUUGUCAGGUUUGUUUCACUGUGCUCAGGUUUUCUUUGUACAGGAAGCCGUUUCAGCAUUAAACCUUCAGUUUAUGUGUUUGUUCAUUUGUUCUCUGGUCUGUGAUGUUCAGAGUCACACAGAUAGUUUGGGUUAAAAGCAUUUAUUGUUUAAAUUGAAAUAAAUCAGACAUAAAUUUAAGCCCAAGUUCAUUUUCAGGCUGCAGCCAACAGUUAUUUGUAUUUUCUUUUAAUCUGACCAAUAUUGUCUUUGUAAAGUUUAUUUUAAAGUUUUCUUGUUUUUUGUCUGAAAAACAGUUUGAAGCCCAAAAUGUAACCAAAAUAUUUAUUUAUUUAAUAUGAAACAGAGAGAAGCUGAAACAAAAGACUACUAUGUCAUUUUAUUUUAUUUUAUUCUUUCACUUGGAAUUGACAUUAAAAGGUUAUUUGAUUAUCAAAAUAAAUACAGAUUAAUUUCAUUUUUUGGUCAGUUAAUAGUUUCAUGUCAAACCCCCAAAUCGUCAAUAUUAAAUACAUAAAAAAAAUCUUAAAAAAAAUAAUAUUAAUAAAUUGUGUAAAAAUAUGACCCAAAUUAUUAAAACUCAACCAAUCAUAGCGUAGUGGUUUUUAUUAUUAAUCGUUAUAAUAACUAAGUUGUUAUAAAUAUAAUUUUUAAUGCAUUAUUUACAUUUUUCAAAAGUGUGGUGUUAUUUCAUAAUGUCAUAGAAAACUGCGUGGGCUAGAAGUGUCUGUCACUUUUCAUUAGACCUGAAACGAUUACAUUAAUCAAUUAAUAAUAAUAAUGAUAAUAAUGAUGAUGAUGCAUUUUAUUUAAAGGUGCCUAUCAGAGCACUCAGGGACACCUGUAAAGACAUAGUAAAAAACAAGCAGCCAUGUGUCCGUAGAUCACGAAGUCAAACAAUUCAGUAAUAUAAGAUAAUAAGUUAAUAAAAUAAUUAUUACAAAAAUUUGGCUUUUUUUUUCCAAAAACAGUCGAUUUGCUGCUCUUUUUUUUUUCUUCCAAAUAUUGUAUCUGUAUAUUUUAUAUUUUGGUUUUGGGAUCUUGUGACAUUUAAUCGACCUAAUGAGUAAUUUUAAUUUCUAAUUUUAUUUGUGAAUUCAUUCUUGUCAUUUUAUUUUUACUCUUACUUGGAUUUCCGAGUUUCCCACAGCCUGUGAACGCAGCACUGAUGGCUCUGAACUCUUCAUGUUUUGUUUUGUGUCUUUAAUAUUAACGGUCAUUAAACAGCUCACGGUGAAUGUAGUCAAAGUGUCGCUCCGGCUGAUCUCAGGUCAGCACGGAGGAAGGAUUUUAAUAUUUCUGUGUAACGUGUGUUUGAUACUAAAGAUUGUUUGUUUGUAAACAGACUUUGUAUUAAAAUAAUAAAAUAAUUGA